AUGCACCUCAUCCUUGAUCCUCCCCCUAGCUCCCUACUCGUUGACCCUGCUGACCCAAGUCGCAAACAGGCCUACAACUCCAUCUUCAACGCCGACCCCAACCCUCCCCGUCUAAUAGGCAACUUCCCCCUCCUCCCCCUGCGCACCAAGACCCGCGGCCCAGCCUACACCCUCCCCAUCCCCUCCCCGCCGCUCCCCGCCUCCGAGUCCCCCGACCCGGACAGCGAAUCCUACGACAUCCUCGACGAGGUCCUCGCCGUCUUCCGCGCCAACACCUUCUUCCGCAACUUCGAGAUCCAGGGUGCCGCCGACCGUCUGCUCGUGUACGGCAUUUGGUUCGUUAGUGAUUGCCUGACCAAGAUUAAGCCGACGGCGUCGGUGAGGGAGGCGACGAAGGAUGUUAUGAAUUUGGCGCUGGAUCUUAAUUUUGCUAUUCCGGGUGAUCCUGGUUGGCCUUUGAAUCAGAUGUAUGAGCCUCCUAGGGACCGACAGGAUGCUGAACUGCUACGUCAGUACUUGUCCCAAGUUCGACAGGAACUGGCGACGAGGUUACUUGCGAGGGUGUAUGAGGAUGGCGGUGAUGGACGACCUAGCAAGUGGUGGCUGAGCUUUACCAAGAGGAAGUUUAUGGGCAAGUCUCUAUAG